CCCACACUUACUUACCCCACCCUAGUAGUUGAACAAGAUCUAACCCUAAACUCAUAAACUCAACAAACACAAGUUCCAUCGAGUUCAGUUCUGUUCCAGAUCGAAAACAAUGGAUGCCAUACGGAAGCAACUGGACGUUCUCAUGGGAGCCAAUCGUAACGGCGACGUCCGUGAAGUUAACCGCAAGUAUUACGAUCGCGAUGUUUGCCGUCUUUAUCUCGUCGGUCUUUGCCCCCACGAACUCUUUCAAUUAACGAAAAUGGAUAUGGGUCCUUGCCCUAAGGUUCACUCAUUGCAGCUCAGAAAAGAAUACGAGGAAGCCAAAUCCAAAGGCACAGAUAGUUACGAAAGAGAGUUGGAGGAUGUUAUAGAUAAGCUUAUUGGUGAAUGUGAUAGGAAAAUUGGUAGAGCUCUUAAGCGUCUUGAGGAUGAUGAUGCCAAAGCCGCAAUUGCAAUUUCCGUAUCCGAAGUUACUCAGACACCUGAAAUAAUUGAGUUGUCCAAAGAAAUCAGAGAAAAGUUGAAAGAAGCUGAUAAAUUUGAUCUUGAAGGCUUGUCGGAUAUGAAGAUUCGAGCUUUGGAGAUUGUAGAGGAACUUCGAAUCAAAAGAGCAGACAAACAGUCUACACUUCUUUUAGAUGCAUUUAACAAAGAUAGGGCAUCUUUACCUCAACCUCUGCCAAAUCCACCACCGCUAGCACCCCUUCCUGUAGUUACUCCUGAUGCUCGAACACAAGAGAUGAUAAAUGAAAAGUUGAAGAAGGCUGAGGAUCUUGGUGAGCAAGGACUGAUUGAUGAGGCACAGAAAGCAUUGGAAGAGGCUGAAGCACUUAAGAAGCUUCCUUCCAGGCAGGAGCCACCAUUGGAUUCUUCGAAGUAUACGGCUGCUGAUGUGCGGAUUACUGAUCAGAAGCUACGUGUGUGCGACAUUUGUGGAGCAUUUUUGAGUGUUUAUGACAGUGAUCGUCGAUUAGCUGAUCAUUUUGGAGGGAAACUUCAUUUAGGCUAUAUGCAAAUUCGUGAGAAGUUGGCCGAACUUCAAGAAGAAAGAAACAAGAGCCGUAAGAUUGAUCGUCUUGAUGACAGGAGAUCAAAAGAACGGAGUAGGGAUCGUGACAGGGAGCCUAGUAGGGACCGUGAACGUGGUGAGAGCCAUGAGCGAGGGCGAGACAAUGAUCGUAGGAGCAGAGAUCGUGACAACAGGCACCAUGAUAGAGACCGUGGAUAUGAUCGAGAUCGUGAUAGAGACUCAUCCCGCUACGAUUCAAGAAGUCGCCGGAGGUCACGAUCUCGAGAGCGUUCUAGAGAUUAUGAUCGUCACAGGCGUCAUGAUCGGUACUAGUGGCUGCCAUAAAUCUUCUGGAUGUGAAAAGAUGUGUAGUCUAGGUGGGUGUUGAACCUUGUCUUGGACAAAUAAUUUUGCAUUGUAUUGAACAAUAUCCAAUGAUGGAUGUAACUUGAGCUUAGGCGUUGCUAAAUUAUGGUUGGAUGUUGCUUUGCGGGUAGUUAAAUCUAAUUUGUAAUAUGAUUACUUGGAGAAGUUUUGCAAUUGUACUUUAAAAUGUGAGUAGUUUUGUUGAACAUUUAACCUGUUGCCCAUAAAAACAAAAUUGUGCAUUCUUAACA